AUGACGUCUCAACUACUUGGUUUCCGCAUCGCACAAGCCAUUGGUAUAUCUGGUGCAGCUUGGUUGUCUGGAAACAUUGCUGCGUUAAGCACAAUCACCGUACCUGCGCUGGUUCAAUCCCAAAACGAAGACCAUAAAUCUCCGAGUCUCCUAACAAAGCAAUGGAGAACCCUUUACGAGAUCGGAAAAAAGAAGAAUCCGCCAAUUGCAGCCGCAGUUGCCUCCUCCUUGGCCUACCUGGCAUGGUCUGUUCGCCAAGGGGGUCCUUUAUACAAGACGACUGUAUACAGUCGAAGUGGUCUUUAUCUUGCUGCUGCUGCCCUUACUAUCGGCAUUGUUCCCUACACACUCAUCUGUAUGACUGGGACAAACAGUGCCCUUAUGAAGAAAGCAGAGUCAACAUCUGAUGCCGACAAAGGGGUUUCGGAUUUGGUUGAGCGGUGGAAUACCUUGAAUCUGGGCCGAUCUGUCUUUCCUUUGGCUGGGGCUAUUUGUGCAAUUGUUGCAACCAUUCUAUGA